AUGAGUCUCAUUGAGUCCGCGGCAGCCUUCAGACAGAGAUGUGACGAGAUCACGACAGAUGGGUCUCUGCGAGUUGCGUUAGAUGGCCAAGCCAUACGGACCCACAGUGCAAUGGCCUUUACUAUGGGCACACCACAAAUGACACCGACCGAAGAUCAGUUUGGGGCCUUGGCCCAAAGGGUAUUUGGGGUUGCGCCCAGUGUAGGGCAGAUGAGCGCAAUCAGGCGCGUUCACUUUGAAAGCACUACACUGGUGAUUUCAACGAUACGUGAGAAAGUCACCAGUGAAGGAGCUGAGAAAGGUGAUACGACAAAGAAGAUACCCCUUGCAGAGAAGAAACAGAGAAGAGAUGAUCAGCUUGCCCGGCUGAAUGGUAUCUCCAUGGUUGGGGAGUUAGACCCAAGCCACGCCCUGCUCGACUUGGCAAACCAGAUGCUUGAGAGCGGGGUAAUCAUAUGGCUUGCGCCUUCCAAAUGCAGCAAGCGUGACGACGAGGCUGAGUGGAACUCCGAGCUCAAGUACCAAUGGUGCAUGAUGCGGAGGGGAUUGGCCUUUGACCAAUGCCGCGUUCUUAGCUGGAGCGUGCAUCAGCAUUGGACCAAUUACAUGCUGAACCUGAUGAGCAGGCCUGUCAAUCCAGGGUUCCAACAAAUCAAGCUCGAUCAGCUGGUCCGAGCCGAUAGAGAGCUGUGGACACUACUUGCACAAGAAGUUUCUGGAAGCUUGAAGAUGGACGGUAACGAGAUUCCGCUGGACAAGCACGUCACCAGACUUGCGACAGACCCGCGGGUAACCAUGCUGCUAUUGCCGCUGCCGACAAACCAAAGAGUGACCGAAGCGCCUGACAAACCCAGGCCGAAUGCGAAGGCUGGUCCUGUGAGGCCUGCUGCAAAGGUCUCUACCAAGCGCAAAACCCGCGCAGAGAGGAGUUGUCCUGAAGAGCUGAAACAAUACAACACAAAGGUCGCAGCAGGUCAGAUAUGCUGGAAUUACAACAUGAAAGACGGUUGCCAACUGUCUACAAGUGGCAAGCCGGCAAAGUGCUCCCGUGGCCUGCACUUGUGCGCCUGCUGUCACAAGGCAGGGCACUCCUUGGUUGUUUGCCGAGAAGCAAAGAAGGGUUGA